AUGGCUGAGGCUAGCAACGACGAAGAUGUCAAGUCGAGUAAGCGAAGCCAUGCCGACUUCACCGGCGAUGAUGGCUCUGAUAGCUCCUCAGACGAUGAUAUGGGCCCCCAGCUGCCCUCGGCGGUUCCCAAGAAAAAGCGGCGCGUUCUUCCCUACGAGAAGCUGUACAUCUCAGCCCUACCCAAGUCGACUCGUUACUCUAAAUCUCUGAUGCACAAGGAGCAGCUGGCCUUCCUCACCAUGACCCCGAUAACCGAGUUCCUCAUCACAACAUCCACCGAUGGCGUCGUCAAGUUCUGGAAAAAGGUUGCCGAGGGCAUUGAGUUCGUCAAGGAGUUCAAGGCGCACCAGGGCGAGGUCCGCUCUGUGUCCUGCAGCCAGGACGGCCGGAGCUUUGCGACGGUUGGCGUGGACAAGACAGUCAAGCUGUUUGACGUGGUCACGUUCGAUCUCCUUGCCGUCCUCCAGCUCGAUUUUGCGCCACGCUGUGUCUGUUGGGUUCACAGAAAAGGAUCGUCUUUACCGCUCCUGGCCGUUUCUGAUAGCGAAGCUAAGCCGAGCAUCCGCAUUUAUGACGGGAGAGGCGAGAUCCAGGAACCAAUUCACACCAUCACCGGCCUGCAUAGAAGUCCCGUCUCCCUGAUGGCGUUCAACGACCAAUAUGACUGUGUAAUCUCGGUGGACGAGGGCGGCAUGAUCGAAUACUGGCAACCGAGUGGCCUCUACGAGAAACCGGAAACGGUCUUCCAGUACAAGAGCUCGACCAAUUUGUUCGAGUUCAAGAAGGCAAAGUCCGUCCCGGUUACUCUCACCCUCUCUGCCGACGGGAGCCGAUUCGCGACCAUGUCCUUGCCUGAUCGGAAGAUACGCAUCUUCGACUUUGCCUCGGCCCAGCUCCAGCGUACCUACGACGAGUCAUUACAAGUUAUGGAAGAAAUGCAGCAGGCCGGGACCGCGUUGCAAAAGCUCGAUGCCGUGGAAUUCGGGCGCCGGUUGGCCCAGGAGCGGGAAAUCGAGUCACCAGAGCUUCGCGACAAGUUCAAUGUCAUCUUUGACGAAUCGGGGCAUUUCAUCCUGUACGGCUCCUACCUUGGGGUCAAAGUGCUCAACACCUUCACAAACCAAGUAGUCAAGGUUUACGGCCGGGAAGAAGGGUUUCGGCCGCUGGCGUUGGCAUUAUAUCAAGGCCAGCCGCAGAAGAAGGGCGUAACAACCGUCGCCAUGGCAGCGUCAAGCAACCCUCUGCUGCAAGCGUCAGAGUCCAGGGACCCAAUAUUGGUCGCGACGGGCGUGGGGAAGGUUCGCUUCUACAUGUUUACCGACGAGGAGGAGUUUUCAAAAUCAACGAGAGAUGUCCAAAAUGAAAAGCCCGUAGUCCUGGGACAGAAGAAGGUCGAGGAGAAAAAGAAGGCCGAGACAGGAACAGCGGCCAUCAUCCACACCACUUACGGGGACAUCCACAUCCGACUGUUCCCGGACGCCGCGCCAAAGACGGUCGAGAAUUUUGUGACGCAUUCUCGGCGUGGCUAUUACAACAACACUAUAUUCCACCGUGUCAUCCGAAAGUUUAUGAUCCAAUGCGGAGACCCCUUGGGUGAUGGGACAGGGGGCGAGAGUAUCUGGGGAACCGAGUUUGCAGAUGAAUUCAGCAGCUUGAGACACGACAAGCCAUACACGGUCAGCAUGGCCAAUGCUGGACCUAACACGAACGGAAGUCAAUUCUUCAUCACGACGGAGAAAACGCCCUGGCUUGACAACAAACACACCAUCUUUGGCCGUGCUGUGCAGGGCCUAGAUGUUAUUCACAAGAUUGAGAACGUCAAGACGUACAAGGAGAAGCCGUUGGAUGACAUCAAGAUUCUCAGCAUUGAUAUUGCGUGA